CACUUUUGCCCCAGCAGCCAGGGUUUACUUUGGGAUCUGGUCUCCAUCUCCCAGCCUCCCCGCUAGUUCACCCCGCAACAGCCACAGUGCUGAGCUACCUGCUGCCCGCGUACUCAGCGAAAGAACGGCCGACGCCAUGUUUGCUCCGCAUUCGCUUCCUGGCUGGGAAAUCGGCUUCCGCUACCGGGAUAUCUACUUCCGGGUCCGGCGUACAAGUCAAAGAGUGGCGGGAGCAGCAGUAGGCAACUAAUUUGAUAGCUCUAAUGUGUGGAUGGCUCUGAGAAACUUAUCCCUCUCUCUGCUUUCCACGGAGAGCGAUUCUGAGGAAUUACCCACCUUUGCCUUUCUGAAGAAGGAGCCGUCUUCAGCUGGCAGCAAUCAGCCUCAGAAGGAGAAGAACGUAGUGGUUGUCACGUCAGAUUCUGAGGCCUCCUGCCCUCCAUCACCAGCCUUGAGACAUCCACCGUCUGGCCCAGAUGCAGCUGACGACGCCCCCGCAGGAGCAGGGCCAGUCAGAGUGCUAAGCAGUGACAGUGAGGAUGAAGACCUACUUGCCCCCCUGGCUGAGAGGAUCUCAUGGAAGUUUUUGACGAACAAGCAGCUGAGCCCUGAGCGCUCCAGCUCCCCGCUUAAAACUCUUUUCGAUCAUCAAAAUAAUGCAGGCAUACCUUGUGAGUGGAAAAAGCAACCGUCGCCGAGGAUCCCUGACGCUCCUCUCUGCGAUGCUUUAGAGGACAACAGUCCAGCCAAUGAUGAGAGCUCUACCUUAGACCAUCAGUGCCCCCAGCUUCCAGCCUACCGGUCGACCUGCGGUGAGUUGUUGGUAACCAAAACAAAUCCCGACGUCCCUCUACCCAAGAAGAGAACCAAGCAGAGUCAGAAAGUCCAGAGAGGAGGCUCUCAGGGAUGCCGGCAGCCCAGACAAACAGCCAGGAAGGAAAACACCCAAAAACAGCACGAAAGGAACAAAGAAGCAUCCAUGGUCAACAAGCUGAAAGCCCAGAGGCCGGAGGAAUGCAUGAAACACAUCGUCGUGGUGCUGGACCCAGUGCUUUUACAGAUGGAAGGUGGGGGCCAGCUCCUGGGAGCAUUGCAGUCCAUGGAGUGCAGGUGUGUGAUUGAAGCCCAGGCCGUACCUCAAAGUAUCACUUGGAGGAGGAGGAGGACAGAGCUGGUAGAGGAUGGAGAAGAGUGGGUGGAAGAGCCGACGAUCCUAGUGUUGCUCCUGGCAGAAGCCUUCAUGACCAUGGUCUACAACUUAAAGCAGGGAAGUCUUGUCAGCACUGAGAAAGGGAAGGAGACACUUCAGGGCUUUGUAACCGAUGUCACAGCAAGGACAGGGAAAGCACUGUCACUGGUGAUUGUGGACCAGGAGAAAUGCUUCAGAGCUCAGAAUCCAUCGAGGAGAAGGAAAUCGGGAAUGGCAAAUAACCGGGCCAAAGAGAAGCAGCAGCAGAGCCAAGAGUCUAGCACAAGGCUCAUGGUGUCCAGGGUAGACAUGGAAGAGGCAUUGGUGGAGCUGCAGCUGUAUACAGAAGCCCAGGCUCGGAUCGUGCAAGGCUGGAAAGAGCUGGCUGACUUUGCCUGUGCGUUUACAAAGGCUGUGGCUGAAGCGCCCUUCAAGAAGCUCCGGGAUCAAACCAGCUUUUCCUUCUACCUGGAGAAAGACUGGGCUGGAGGGCAGAAAGUGGACCGAGCUGGUAGGGGACUUGCACUCAUCUGGAGGCGGCAGAUUCAGCAGCUCAACAGAGUCAGCUUGGAAAUGGCCAGCGCUAUCGUGGGCGCCUAUCCCUCGCCAUGGCUCCUGGUGCAGGCUUAUCAACGCUGUUUGUCCGAGCAAGAACGCCAGAAUUUGCUGGCUGACAUACAGGUACGCCGUGGGGAAGGUGUAACAUCCACCUCCCGUCGUGUUGGGCCAGAACUAUCCAGGCGGAUCUACCUUCAGAUGACCACAAUGCAACCAGAUCUCAUCUUAGACAGUGUUGACUGACACCUCACAGCUCCAAGAGGAAAGCUUUUCCAACCUUGGCACCUGGCAGAGAUGCUGGAACUGUACCU